GAGCUGUGACCGCAUCACAUGGGUGGGUUGUUUUGUCAGUGUUUUUGUGCCUCAAAUAUUAUCGUAAAUUCGUGUAACUCUUCAGUUGGUGGAAUUCUUUAGUUUCUGUGAGUAGAGCCCUUGGACUUUUGCCAUUAUGAGUAGUGACAAAAUGGAGAGUGGAGAUUCGCCAUCAACCAAGAAGAUCGAGGACAAAGCGCAGCCAAGAAUGAGGAAAGUCUCCUGCAGAAACCCAGCGAUGCCAUGGUUCGGUAUGGACAUCGGCGGGUCCCUCGCCAAACUCGUUUACUUCGAACCCGAAGACAUGAAUCUUGAGGACGAGAACACAGAAUUCGAGCCCGAAGCCCUCUACAAAAUCCACCACUAUCUACGGUAUAACACCGCCUACGGGUCCACAGGAAUUCGCGACACCCACCUAGAGGUCAAGAACUUGACCGUCUUCGGGCAUAAGGGGUCAAUGCACUUUAUACGCUUCCCGACGACGAGCAUGAACUUAUUUCUUGAUAUGGUGAAGGAGAAGAAUCUAUCCAGUCUGGCAGAUACCAUUCAUGCAACGGGGGGUGGAGCUUAUAAAUUUGAGAAUGGAUUUAAUGAGGUGGUCAACAUGUCUCUACAGAAACACGACGAGCUUGGUUGCUUACUACGAGGCAUCCACUUCAUCGACAGAAUGAUCCCCAACGAGUGCUACUAUUGGAAGAACACCGACGCCUUCAACAGUGAAGCCUCGGAGAAGGUCCCCUACGACUUCCACAACCCUUACCCCUACCUGGUGGUCAACAUCGGGUCAGGGGUCAGCUUGUUAGCAGUGCACUCUCAUAGUAACUUUAAACGCGUUGGAGGAACAAGUUUGGGUGGAGGAACAUUUCUGGGUCUAUGUUGUUUACUAACGGGAUGUCAGACGUUUGAAGAGGCCAUUGAGCUCGCCUCGGAAGGAGAUGCUACAAAAGUUGAUAAGAGCGUUAGAGACAUCUACGGAACAGACUACAACCGAUUCGGGCUGCCCGGUUCUGUUGUGGCUAGCAGUUUCUGUAACAUGUCAAUAAAGGAAAAACGAGACGGGGCAAGUAAAAAAGACCUAGCUCGAUCCACUCUCCUGACUAUUACGAACAACAUUGGCUCCAUAGCAAGAAUGACAGCAUUGAAUGAGGGAAUUGAAAGAAUAGUGUUUGUGGGUAAUUUCCUGAGAGUCAACCCCAUCUCAAUGAAGUUACUUUCUUACGCUAUGGACUUCUGGUCGAAAGGGAGCCUUAAGGCUCUAUUCCUCCAACAUGAGGGUUACUUUGGUGCAGUUGGAGCUUUCCUGGAGCUUAUCGGAUAUGAUGGUGAUCGUAAUGGCAAUGGUGAGGAGACAAGUAAGUAGUGGCCUUUUCCGUCUUCAUGAAGCGUGUCUGACACUCAGUACUUGCAGUUUUGGAGAAGUCAACUCUACUUUCUACUACCACUUCCCAAUGCAAUGUUUUUUUUCUACCAAAAGGCAUUUUUCGCCACUUUUAAACGGAACAAUUUUGUAACAUUCCAACAUUCCUAAUGAAAAACCAAAAACUAUAUAUAAAAGUGUUUUUAUAUCACUUGAAAUGCAAAUGAUGUUUUGAAAUGACUGCUGGUUUUUUCAUUCGAUAAGAAUUAAGAACUCUUUGAUAAGAAUCACUGAACCAAUUGGAAGAGAUUUCAAAACAAGGCAGCACUAUAUUUUUGUGAACGUCGCAACGUCGACGACCAAUUAAGCUCAAAUUUUCACAGGUUUGUUAUUUUAUGCAUAUGUUGAAAUACACCAACUGUGAAGACUAGUCUUUGACAAUUACCAAUAGUGUCCAGUGUCUUUAAAGAAUUUCCAUGUUUGGCCACACAAACUUGCAUCCUUUUCACUUGUUUACAUUGAUUUACUCUGGUCAUAAAAACUUAAUGGAUGAGUAGUUAAUCUGCCUGGGGCAGUCAGCAGCCCUACUGGUUUGUGCAUGAAUUAAGUCCACUGUUUGGUAAAGGAAUUACAUGGAGAUAACAGGUGUGAGUUGCCAGAUGAAAAGGAUGUUUUAUUCUGGCCUCUUUCUUUAAUGGUGCUGUCCUGUAAUGUGACAUUUUCCCUCUAAAAUGGAGUAUUUAGAGGUAAUGCUCUGCAUGGCUUCUGCGAUAUUGAUUGCAAGGGACAUCAAAUAUUGAAUUUCAUGUACUGGCUAAAACGUUUUAUGAAGUUUUUUUUUUGCUUAGCAUAUUUAUCAGCAGGUCACCAGUUAGAACAGUGUGAUUUUCAAUGGUGAUUUAACUGGUGACCUGUUUCUUCUAAGCACGAUUUUGCUGUCUGCAAACCAACUGUCUGUUUAUUUUAGGAUUUAAUGUAAUUUGUUUACAUUUUUUGUGUGUAAACCAAAAUUGAUGAGACUGUUGGUAAAACAAGCUGGGUAAAUUAAAGUAAUAAUGAAGAAAUUAUAAUUAUUGGUAAUUAGGGGGGUCAAAUGUUUUAGUUAGCCCAAUAAAACUAACUAUGUACCCUCAUUUGUUGAAUUCAUUUGAUUAACCCUCCUACUGUUUGACUUCCCAAUAUUGUCCAAUGUGGUUUGAAGGGAUGGAUAAAUGAUGCCAGUCUGCAAUAUGAUAUAAUGUGUUGAAUGCACCUCAGAGUACACAGUCAACCCUCCUACUGUCUGACCAUGACGUCAUGAUAUCAUGUUCAGGCCUGUAUGCUUCGUUUUUGA